AUGGCGUUCUGGGCAGUGCUGUCGCCCGCAGCUCGAGCAGUGCUAGCACCUACAGUCUACCAGGUGCUCAGCGCGCCAGACAUGUCUCUCGACGAGCAAGCCAACAGGUGGGACGAAGAGUGCAAAAAGCAGAUCGACGAUGAAGCUCACGUCUGGACGUACUACAAGAAAUUCGUGCAGAAUCAAGCCGUUUGGUGUAUCUGCGGGAGCACCGCGUGA